GUGUAGUUUCUUUAAGCCUAAUUUUAUUUACUCGGCUGGAGGUAGUAUUUCUGCUGGCCUGUGAACCUCUGUGAUGCGAUCGUUCACCUAAUCACAUUGUUUCAGGCGGGUAUUUGUGACACCUACGGAUCUUUGCUGACAAUGGUAUGAUGCGUUCACUGCUAACGUGUGGGACGCGACUGAGCAGGUGGAGAUGCAUGGGCAGAUGACGAGGCCUCGGUCUGUCCGUCAGCCGCGCACGCAUCACCGGCCGUUUUUAAAGCCCAAGGAUUUGGAUUAAAUAGCUCGGGAGAGAACGGAUGAGCACUCGGCGCGGGAGGGAGUGAGUGAGGGAAGGAAGGAAGGAAGGAAGGAAGAAGCCAGGCAGGGACUGAUUUUUAUCUUUUACCGGAUCGGGAGAGGGGGAGGAGGAGGAGAAGGAAGAGGAGGAGGAGAAUGAGUUAUUCUUGUAGCAGCACAGAGCCUGUUUGCUGUGUUUAAGCCAACGCGUCACUAAAGGCUUCGACCGACGCAAGUCAAUCGGCUCCCACGACGACGACGACGCCGAGACCAAUAGAGAGGAGGGGAAAAAAAACGAAUCCCGGAUUCUGUCAGAUCGUAACGCCAACAGCUAACAGUCUUCUUACCCUGGACAUGAAAGUGCAGCACGGCUGCAACUCGUCAGACAUGGGAAUCCCGGUUAGAACCGAAGAAGAACUGCGCAGAAAUACCGUAAUAACGCCAGAAGAUGUGCUUGGUCUGCAGAAGAUCACCAAGAAUUAUCUCUGUUCUCCAGAGGAAAACGUCCACAUGAUCGACUUCACCAGGUUCAAAAUCCGUGACAUGGAAACAGGGACGGUACUAUUUGAGAUCACAAAGCCCCCAACACCAGCUGGAAGUAAAAAGCAGUGUGAUCCCAACGCCGGCCGCUUCGUUCGAUACCAGUUCACUCCAGCCUUCCUGCAGUUACGGCAGGUUGGAGCCACGGUGGAGUUCACAGUGGGCGACACUCCCAUCAACAACUUCCGUAUGAUUGAGAGACACUACUUCCGCGAUCAGCUGCUCAAGAGCUUUGAUUUCGAGUUCGGCUUCUGUAUGCCCAGCAGCAAGAACACCUGCGAGCACAUCUACGAGUUCCCCGCGCUGUCAGAGGAUAUCAUGCGAGAGAUGAUCCUGCACCCUUACGAGACACAGUCUGACAGCUUCUACUUUGUGGACAACAAGCUGGUGAUGCACAACAAGGCAGAUUACUCCUACAGUGGUGGGCCGUAAGAAGACCUCCUCCAUCCUUCGCUCUUUACUUACUUUGUUCCCUGACAAGACAUUUUCUCCACUUCAGAGCCAGCACAGACACCGACGAUGGACAGACAUCCCGCCUCACUUCUCCCUUAAUUUGAUUCAGUGUAUUUCCAUCCAGGUUCUCAGUCAUGUGUCCACUCUUGUUCUCCCCUCCCUCUUUGCAGGAACAUUGCAUUCUGCC